AUGCACAGACGUUUUUUCAGUACAUCUUCCCGUGUCAAUCGUCACUAUUCUUCUACAUUUAAGGCAUCCAAUCUAGGUCAGAAUUUGGCGAAAUAUGACAUUUAUGCAUUGGCUGAAAAACCCGAGAACAAUGUCGAGAUGAUUUCAGACGACAGUAUAGUAUUUUCCAACCUAAAGGUGAUUCGUUCGCCGAAUAAGCAGCAAGAGCCGAUUGGGGCAUUGUUAUUGAACAACCAAAUUUUCGAAAUUAACUUAAAAGACACGGAAUUUCACCACAACAAUGUCGUUGUGGAGCUAACUCCCAAAUUGUUUGACAUUCUAUCCCUGGCGUAUCCUAAACCAGAGCUCAUCAUUGCCGGAUUGGGGAAGCGUACACGAAUGUUGGGUCCGAAAACAAGAGAAAGUUUGAACAAGUUAGGUAUAAGAGUGGAAACCAGUGACACUAAAAGCAGUGCCCUAAGUUAUGAUUUGUUGGCCACUGAAAGAUCACCUGCCUUGGUUGCCUCGAUAAUGUUACCACCGAACCUGUAA